UAUAUCAACUGUUUCAUCGUUAACAUAAAGUUUCUUUCAAGAAAUGAAUUUCCUAAGUAAAAUGAGUCGCAACGUCUUGUACGGCCGUCCGUAUUGUAAAAUAGCCACGGAACCGUUAUGUAAAGCUGUGCUGAAAAAUAAAUUGGAGUUUUCUAAAUUGCAACGUAGUAGUACGGUGCCCAAUCAAGCUAUAUCGGCUACGUUCGCAGAACCUACGGAGAAAAUCGAAAUAGAUGGCAAAACCAUUCAACUCUUAGAACGUCUCUCCUUAGUGAAUUUUGAUAGCGCAGAGAUAUUAGCAACCUUAAGAAAAAGUAUACAAUUCGCGGUGAAAAUAAGUAAUAUAAACACCCAUAACCUGAAGCCCCUCUAUACUGUGUUAGAAGACCAAAUACAGCAUUUGCGAGAUGAUCGAGUCAAUCAAGCCAACGAUCGCGAAGAAAUAUUAAAAAACGCAAAACUAGUAGAAGAAGAUUAUUUUAUAUCACCACCCGGAAAUAUACCACUACAUCAAGAAGAAAAUAACACUGAAAAACCUGAACAUUAAUUACUACUAUGAAGU